GAUUGGCUACAUAACGUAUUGCAUUCAAGAUGAACUAGUCCCAAUUUAUAAAAAUGACACAUCUACAUGUUUAGACAUAAUGAGUAAAGCAAAUAGUUCUCUUGCAUCAUGUUAUAUUACAAAUGGCCUUUGUAAUAUCUCUCAAGAUUGGAAAAUUUUAUUUGAAGUUAUUGAUGUUAAAGAAUUAUUUGGAAGUUAUCAAGUUUUUAAGCAAGUAUUAGAAGCGGCUGAUAAAGUCUUUAAAUGUUCGCAGUUAGUUACAUGGCUUGAUGAAAAUAAAAGUGAUAUUAAUGCUGACUAA